AUUUCUGACUUGGACCAAUCAGCUGACACCACGAGUGGCUGGUUAUGAAGGACUGAUAUAGUCCCGAAUUUUCAAAAUUUUAAUAUGAGUAUUGUUCAAACAUUUCCAGAAAAUGGUAAAUCCAGGUAUAUUGUAUAGUGUCCUAGAUAAUAUGCAUCAUAGCAUUUGGUUAACGUUCGCACCUUAUCUGGCAUUUAUUGCAUUCGAAGCUUUAAUACAUGCUUCGGAAGGCUUGUCGCAGAGUGAAAUAGACAAACAUUUACAAUUAGGAAAGGAAUAUUUAUCCAAAGGACAACUAGCUGAUGCUUUAACUCAUUAUCACUCAGCUGUGGAUGGUGAUCCGACAAACUAUCUGACAUAUUUCAAAAGAGGCACCGUAUAUCUAGCUUUAGGAAAAUCAAAAAACGCUCUGGGAGAUUUCGAUAAGGUUAUCGAAUUAAAACCGGAUUUUGUAGCUGCCAGAAUUAACAGGGGACAGUUAUAUCUUAAGCAAGCGGAUUAUGAUCUUGCCCAGUUAGAUUUUUAUAAUGUUUUAAAAAUAGAUCCGUAUAAUGUGGAGGCCAAUGAUCUUCUUCAAAAAAUUGAUCCUGCAAAAGAACGGAAAAGGAGUGCAGAGUAUUAUUAUGGACAUGACGAUUAUAACAGUGCCAUACACUAUUUGUCUGAAGCCAUUGAAGUGAGUCCGUGGGCGACAGAUUUGUACAAAUUUCGGUCUGAAUUGCAUUUAAAGCUCGGCGAUGAUAUGGCAGCCAUAUCAGACAUUAGAACUGCAACAAAAUUAGGCAAUGACAAUACAGACGAUUUCUUGGAGCUGUCCCAGAUGUUGUACAAGGUGGGACAUGCUACAGAUUCGCUGAAAGCCAUAAGAGAAUGUUUGAAAUUGGACCCCGAACAUAAAAACUGUUUUGCUUUUUACAAGAAAAUAAAAAAUGUGGUGAAGUACUUAACUGAUGCGGAUUUGGCGAAUGAAAAUAAAGAAUAUGUGAGGUGUAUAGAGAGUGCUAAUAAGGUUUUAAAACAGGAAAAAGAAAUCCAGCCAAUAAUUUUCGAAGCAAAUCGUUUUUUGUGCUCAUGCUACGUGAACACUGAGCAAUCGGAAGAGGCGAUCUCUGCCUGCUCCGACGCUCUACAAAUCAACGAAGAAUCGAACGUUUACUGUGAUAGAGCCGAGGCAUACCUUCAAACGGAAAUGUACGAUGACGCGAUCAGAGACUACAGAGCUGCUCUGGAAAUCGACAGGCAUUUGGAUAGAGCCAAGGAGGGUUUAAAUAAGGCGGAAAACAGGCAGAAACAGGCCGAGAAGAGGGAUUACUAUAAGAUACUGGACGUGAAAAGGACGGCGACCAAAAAAGAGAUCGUUAAGGCUUAUAGGAAAGCGGCUCAAAAAUGGCAUCCGGACAAUUAUCAGACGGACGAGAAAAUGAAGAAAAUUGCCGAGAAAAAGUUCAUUGAUAUAGCAGCGGCUAAAGAAGUUUUGACAGACGAAGAAAAACGAAGACAGUACGACAAUGGUGAGGAUCCGUUGGAUCCAGAGUCGGGGAAAAACCCGAACAUGCACGCCAAUUUCCAUAAUUUCCAGGGUUUCCACGGGAGUCCGUUUCAAUUUAGGUUCCAUUUUAACUAGUUUGUACGAAUUAAAGUGAUGAUUUUUUGCCGAAUGUAGACUAUAUGAACGCUUGGAGUGAAUGCGACGGUUGAUUUACUAUGGAAUGUUACGCCACUGAUACGUAUUUAUGUAUAAAGUGUAUUUAUUCUUGUUUUAUAGUUUUGUAAUGAUACAUAAUUAUGGUAAUGUAUAAAAUAAAAUAUGAACUGAAUUUACCCUAUAUAUAAAAAUUGUACAUAAAUUAAUAAAAUAUAUUGAAAUUUGU